AUGGGGACAGCAGUGCUGUCUGCCACCCUCCUGCUGCUCUUGCUACUCCAGGCUCUGACCCAGACCAAGACCCAGACUGGCUCACACUCCAUGCGGUAUUUUGUAACCACCACUGCAUCUAUAAUGGGUCUCGGAGAUCCCCAAGUCUUCAUCGUUGGCUAUGUGGACGACACUCAAUUCCUGCGCUUUGACAGUGAGGCAGCUACUAAAGUGGAGCCCCGUGUACCAUGGGCGAAGCAAAUGGGGUCCAAUUAUUGGAAGUGGGAGAGAAAGGGUAUGGAGCAUUAUUCGCACACGGCCCGAGAAAACCUGCGAUUUGCACUCCAGAUCUAUAACCAGAGCGAUGACGGAUCUCAUACCUUCCAGUGUUUGAUUGGUUGUGACGUGGGUCCAGACAGAAUCUUCCUCCGCGGGCACAAUAGGCAUGCCUUUGAUGGCCGCGAUUACAUCAGCCUGAACGAGGACAUGAGAACUUGGACUGUGGCAGACAAGACAGCUCAGAUCACCCAGCGGCAGUGGGAGGCAAAAAAUGUAGCAGAACACUGGAGGAUCUUCUUUGAGGGCUGGUGCUUUGCUUGGCUACUCGGGCACCUGGAGCUAGGGAAGGAUAUUCUGCAGCGCUCAGAUCCUCCAAAAGCACAUGUAACCCAUCACCCUACACCUGAAGGUGAUGUCACCUUGAAGUGCUGGGCCCUGGGAUUCUACCCAGCUGAGAUCACCCUGACCUGGCAGAGGGAUGGAAAAGACCAGACCCAGGACAUGGAGGUGAUGGACACCAGGCCUGCAGGAGAUGGAAGCUUCCAGAAGUGGGCAGCUGUGGUGGUGCCUUCUGGGGAGGAGCAGAGAUACACAUGCCAUGUGCAGCAUGAGGGUCUGCCUGAGCCCCUCAUCCUGAGAUGGGGUAAGGAGGUGUAG